GUAGGAUUGGCAUUUUCCAUUUUGAAUGACACCCCAAAAUGACAAUUUUUGUCUAUAUAUUUCAUGAGAUUUGUAUGAGUUUUCAAAAGAUUUUAAGAAGUUCCGGAUAUUUCCAGGACUUUUUCGUAUAUUUUGCAAUUUCAGGAGAUUUCCAGGAGCUCCUGAUAAAUCGACAGCUGUUAUAAGUUAUGAAAUGGUUUAAUUUAAUAAUUUAGCCUAUACACCUAGAAUUAGUCCUAUGAAAGUGCGGGCCGGCCCUGCAAAAUAGUGGCGUAUGCUACGCCGCCGGUUGACUAGUGAGUAUAAAACAGAUUUAUAUAUAGAUAUAGAUCUAGGUAGCUCGAUCAUUGUUGUUUUUCUUUUCAUAAGAUUUCAAAAUGGCCGCGCCUAUAGGUGGGUUUUCCAAACAAUAUUUGCCUUAUUUGGUCAAGUCCAAGUACAUGUCAACUAGAUCUAGAUCUAUUUUGCUAAAGCGUCACACAAUACCCACAAAAAUAAAUUUGAAACAACUUUCUGGAUACAGAUUUAGAUCUCAUAAUCCACGAAAAUUUGUAAUUAAUGGAAGGUUUAUACAGGGGCUAACUUCAAAAUUUUAUUUUUCAUCGGAAACUAGCGGACCCACUAGCGCUAAUGCCGCUAUUAAUAUUAUUCCACAAGAAAGGUCAAGUCAAUAUGGAUUUGCUGCAAUCAAUCGCAUUAUGAUGAUGUAUGAAGACUUUGUGGGGCUGACAGAAGUUAAACAAGCUCAAGAAAAAGUAGUUAAUGCUGAGCAGAAGUUUUUACAAGUACAAGAAGAUAGACGAAAUAUGCAGCAAGAACUCCUUACUGUUCAGGCAGAAGUAAGAAAAGUCGCAGCUGAGCUUGAGAAAACAAGCAGAACAGAUUCUCGUUACAUUGACUUAGUCAAAAAGGAGCAUGAAAUUCUUCUAAUUGAAAAAGAAAUGACAAAUAAGAUCAAAAUAUUGGACAAAGCAGAAAGGGAUUUCUUUUCUUUGCUGAGUGCAGCUUUACGAGAGAGUCAUGAGAAAGAAAGGUCAAGGGCAGAGAAAACUAAAUACUGGUCAAUAAUUGGGUCUGUCAUAGGUGCCAUCAUCGGCAUUGCUGGGUCCACUUUCAACAAUUUUAAAAGAAUGAAAGAGUUAAGAGCCAUUGUGACAGAGAAUGUGGAAAGUACAUCAGAAUACAAAAAGGUGGCUGAUGAUCUUAUCAAGACAUUAGCACUUCAACAAGCUCAAAUAGAACAUGCAAUCCCUGAAUGGGACAUUACAGAGCCUGUCAAUCCAUUCUACAUAAAUCAACAACUUUUAAAUGGACAUUCAGAAGCUAUUAUAGCUCAUUUCAACAGACAGACCAACACACUCAUUUCUCAGUUGAAAGACAUUGAGAAGGUUUUAUCAUUGAAUCAAGCCACUUCUAAUAAUAGUAACAUUGUUUAUGUUGGUCCAGAAGUAGAAAGCAUGUUUCUAAAGACUGAACACAGAUUAGAAACACUUUAUAAGAAAAAUGUUUAUAUGACUACUGCAGCUAUAGCGAUAGGUAUAUUUAUUUUAAGUAUUUUCAUGAGGGGCUCAUAAUACUAAAACAAUAUGGCUUUUUGAAAAGAUUGUUUUUAAAUAUCUUGUUAUAUAUUCAUUUUGAGUUUUUUUUUUGGGCCAUUGAAAUGGUAGUGUUAAAAUGAAGUUGUAAACUAAACAAUUUACUAUCUGACGAGGGGCACAAAGUAAGUGGGAAGACUUAAUCUUUGUGAUUGAUUUCAGAAUUCAUUCUAUAGUUUCUUGCUGAACAAGUAAGAGAUCAAUUAUUAAUGUUAAUUUUUUUUUAUUAAAGACUUAUUAUUUUAUAACUUAAAUAAGAAAAUAUUUUCAAAAAAAAACAACAACACCUCCUUUUUACAACUGAUAGUUUUAUUAUUAUUAAUUAUUUUGCUCUUAAGAACUAAUGAAUGUUAGAAUUUACAAAAACUUAAAAUUUGUACUUCCCUCAUUUCCUUCCCCCCACCCACAAGGAACAAAAUCCAGAUUAAGCAAAAUCAUAAACUACUAGACUGAAUAAUCUAAUGAUAAGCCUCUCUCUUGAAAUCCUACUAAAAACAGAUGCUGAUCAAGAAAAAAUGGAGGCAUUUGGUAAUGUGAACUGUCAGAAUAUCCUACUAUGAAAGUCAAGGGACGAGAUGUGGAUAAGUUUUAGAUCUAGACAAAAUGUUCUUGAACAUUCAUUUGUUAAACUCUUUACAUGCAGUCUGUUCAAGAUAAAUAUUUUCUAUUCCUGUAGCCAAAUUUAAAUUAAUUUUUUUUUUAUACUUUGAAAAAUUAUAACUGUCAAUCGAGAGAUUUCCCAUUUACAUCAAGUGUAAAAUUUCUAGGAAGAUUGUUCGAGAACCAUUUACACUCACCCAGGUUUUGCCCACCCAUUCCGAAAGUGCGACUAGAAUACAGGUAUUAUAAUAAAAAAAUUGAUAACAGCAUUAGUAAAAGUUUACAGUAAUGUUAGAGUUCACUUAAUGUAACACUAACAUGUUCUUACAAAUUUGACAGUUCUGUAUAUCUUUGGGAAAAUAAUUACUAGCUAAUUUGCCACACUGUGAAAACUUUGGUUUAACUAUUAUAAAUUUUAAAAAUAUAAUAAUCUAAUAAUUAAAUUUGGUCCGGAGUUCUCUACUAGACAAUCUUUAUCUUGAACACGCCAGCUGGUAUUCGCACAUAUUCAUCAAAGAAUUAAAUAAAUAAAUUUUGCUGCAAAGUCUUCUAAGUCUGAAUCUAAAGGCACAUCACCAAGCUAGAAUCUUCUAUAGUAUUCUAUGCUCCUUUGUUUUCAUAUCUAGUAUUCAUUGAUUAUAAAGAGCAAAGUAAUCUCUUUUACAAAAUGUUAUUAGCUUUAUAAAGGAGGAAUAGUCUUUUUAAAAGAAAAAACUUUUUUUUGUUACUGUUUCUUCUAAAGCCUCAACAUGACUUUGCCUGGACCCAUUUAUCUGUUUACAGUCCUCUUAGGCACAAGGUGACAGUUUACAUCUAGUUGUGACAUUCUUACUUGAGAUCCACAAUUUAUUCAUCGUUUUACCAUUUCUUUAAUCUGCCUCUGAUUUUCCUGUUUCAGUAGGAAGUUGUGACUAGGUCAUACCACCUGAGUUAAUUAAAAAAAAAAAAACUAUGGCUAAAGAAGUUUAUCAUUGACAAACUGAUAGUGGUAAUCAAACUGAUUUAAAUACAUUAUUAUUUAUAUUAUGAUUUGAACUAGAGUUUUUUUUUUACAAAGUCUAAUUUAUCUAGCUCUUGUUAUAUAAUGUUAAUAUUUAUACAUUUAAUAAUUGAUAGAUUUUAGGUUUAUUGUUAGUUCAAAAAUUUUUUGUCUACAAGACAUUUAUGGUUUAAUUUGUAUUUUAAUGUAUCCUUAUACUUUGUUGUCCUGUGUCCUGGACUGUUGGCAUAGUGUAGCUUUUUUUUGUGUGUGUUAUCCUUAAGACUGUAUGUGACAUUACAGUAAAAGUGUCAUGAUUAUUUCUCAAAUAAUGCUUUGUUAUUAUGAUUUAUACUUUUUUUUUAAAAUUGUAGCACUCAAAAGUUAUUACCCCAAUUUUUUUACAAUUUAAUAUGUGUCCAUCAAGUCUUUCAACCAUUUCACAGCAUUGAAGAAUCUGUUUGUUUUCUUUCUAUUAUGUCAUUUUUUAUGCAAUGUAUUUUAUAUAUUUAAUAUUUUUAAAGAUUUUGUUUAAAAACUGCUUUGAUAUGAAUGAUAAUAAAUAAAAUAGCUAGAAGGUA